AUGACGGGUGCCCUCUCCACGUCGCUCACGCGCAAUGAGGUGCUCACCCUCCUCACCCUCUCCGGGGCGUCCCUCGCCGUCAUCGCCAACACGUUCGGCGAGCCCCUCCUCGCCUCGCUCGCCCUCUCCGUCAUGGCCUUCUCCCUCUGCUACGCCAUGAUCCGCUGGCUCGGCCCGACCUUUGUCAAGGCGGGCUUCAGCGGCGCCGACAUGAGCAAGGCGUCGCGGCCGAUCCUCCCCGAGUGCAUGGGCGCCGUCUGCGCCUGCGUGUACCUCCUGACCGUCAUCAUCUUCAUUCCCUUCCCAUUUUAUAAGGAUAUUGUGGCGGCGACGAGCGGUGGCGGCAACAGAGAUGUUGUCCUGCACAUUGAGCAUGUGAACCAGGGCCGGUUCCUGCACAAGUUCCCCCAUAACAAGCUUGCUUCGUACCUGGGAGCCAUCAUCUCCCUCCAGACCAUUGCGCUCCUCGGCAUUGGCGAUGACCUCUUCGACAUUCGCUGGCGACACAAGUGGUGGAUCCCCGGCCUUGCCUCCGUCCCCAUCCUGGUUGUCUACUUUGUCGACUUCGACGUCACGUCCAUUGUGAUCCCCGUGCAGCUGCAACCGUAUCUCGGCGAGCUCUUCGACCUCGGCGCGCUCUACUACGUCUACAUGGCCUGCGUCGCCAUGUUCUGCCCCCAGAGCAUCAACAUGCUGGCGGGCAUCAACGGCAUCGAGGUCUCCCAGUGCAUCGUCAUCGCCCUCCUCCUCGCCUUCAACGACUGCCUCUACCUCUUCACCCCGUACCCCCACCCGGCCACCGACUCCCACCUCUUCUCCCUCUACUUCCUCCUCCCCUGGAUCGGCGUCUCCUUCGCCCUCGUCGCCUACAACUGGUACCCCGCCAGGGUCUUCGUCGGCGACACCUACUGCUACUUCUCGGGCAUGGUCUUCGCCGUCGUCGGCAUCCUGGGCCACUUCUCCAAGACCCUCGGCCUCCUCCUCGCGCCCCAGAUCUUCAACUUCCUCUACUCGUGCCCCCAGGUCUUCGGCCUCAUCCCCUGCCCCCGCCACCGCCUGCCCCGUUUCAACGCCCGCACGGGACUCAUGGAGCCCUCCGUCACCCCCUGGCCGGAAGAUCGCCAGCCCCACCCCCUCCUCGCCCGCGCCCUGCGCAUCCUCGCCGGCCUCUGCCUCCUGAAGCUGACUGUAGACAAGGACGGCCGCAUCACCGAGUCGAGCAACCUGACCAUCCUGAACCUCUGGCUCGUCUGGCGCGGGCCCCUCCGCGAGGACCGACUCGCCUGGGAGGUUACGCUCCUCCAGCUCGUCGUCGGCCUCUUCGGCCUUUUCGUGCGCCACAAGCUCGCCCUCCUCGUCUUUAAGGAAGACAACUGGGGCACCACGCAGCACUAA